UCGAGCCGUUGAGCUUUGCAGGCAGAUCUCACAGAACUACACGCCGACACGGGCCUCUCGUACCGAACGAACACAUUCACCUGAUGCAUAUCACUGCUGCGUCAGGUUCGACACCAGCCGCACGCUUCUAGCGAUGAUCAUGAGGAUGUCCCCUGUGUAAAAGCAACUUCAGCUUUCAAAUCAAUUCCUUUGGAGCCAGUGGCCAAUACGGCUAUACCUUCGCCGAGGCCAGUAUAUCAGCCUCCGCCUCCAGUACCGCAAAUCGAGAACAGGUUGAGCUCUCCGAAGCGAAAGGCGCCAGAAGUCAUUGAGCUGUUAGACAGUCCGCCGAAGAGGCAGAAGAAGGAGGAACGUGGUGUAAGAGACACCUUGGCGAAGACAAAGGCAGAGAGGAGUCUGCCGAGUCCUGUCACGACAGAUAGCCCGCAGAGCUGGCGGAGCCGCAGGGACACGAUGCAAACGGAGUACGACUUCGAUGCGGAUCCGCAGAGUAGCGAUGAUGCUGAGGACUCAUAUGGAAAAAGUGGAGGGAAGAGGGACAGCAAUGGAAGCACAAGUACGACGAGGACGAGUCUGGGAAGCACGCAGAGCUUGCCGAAGCAGGCGGAGAAAGGAACGAAACGGAAGAACGACGAGCAGGAGGGGAAGAAGGCGACCAAGGGGCGUGAGUCUGGCUUUCAACGCGUUCCGUCGAUCAACCCACUUAGCUCGCGGGACAAUGAUACGAUCAAGAAGCCGAAAUUCAAGAAAACGCCAGCAAUGAUAAAGCCUGUUAGCGACGACGAGCUGGAUGGUAGUGGCGAUGAAAUCUUCGGAGAUGCCAACAUCUUUGCUAACAAGAAACGGAAGCGAGGCAAUGGCGCGCCUCGAUCAUCUCAGCAGGGCAUUGUCUACGGGAAUAAGGCAAAUGUUAAACGAACAAUCCAACCGCCAAAGAGACCCUCAAAAGAACAGUCAAAAUCGGCACCCCAACCGGAGACGGUUUUCAAGAAGCUUGAUUUCCAGGAACUUAUGUCAUCGCAGACGGUCCCAGACAGCUCACAUGCCGAAGCCGAUGACUUGUCCGAAGAAGAUCUGGUAUCUACACAUGAUCCUGAUAACGGUGGACCAGAUUCAGACGAUGGCAACAUCACAUGUACGAUCUGCGAUGAGCGUGUCAGGAGGCUACUGAAAGAGGAGUUCGAAGACGAGGUUCUCGAUAACAGGCCGUGGAGCUACAAGUGGCAACAACGAUUUUGCACGUGGCACAAGAGGAGAACUGUACGUGAGAUAUGGCAAGAAAGAGGCUACCCUGAAAUCGAUUGGAGCAAUCUUCGGAAACGGAUGCGUAAGCACGACAGGUUCUUGUCGGACGUUCUGAAUGAUAGGGUUGCAUCGCACCACCGCGAGAAGCUAAAAGAUCAGAGCAAAAAUGGUCGAUCACGGCAGAAAGACAUUGUGGCAGAGGGGACAAGUAAGUUUACGAUGGGCUACUACGGCCCUCGAGGGGAACGAAGAGUCAACGACUACAUUAUGAACCGCUUCGCCGAUGACCUCCGGAAACGAUCGACGAAGGACAAGCUCAUCCUCGCUUCGGGCAUUCAAGGUGGCGUGAAUGGUUUCGUCCAACUCGUUCUGGCUCCACAUCUCGCUGAAUUGCUCGUCAAAGAAGACCUCAAUCUGACACAAAAGGACUGGGGAACUCGAGCGCGAGAGGUUCUGACCGAGAGUACAGAGAUAGGCGAGCUCCUGUUUCCUGAGGACGAAGAUAAGUUUGGCGACGACGCUUAUAAGCAUCAUAUUGUGCAGGAAGAGCAGGAUGUGCUUGACCUGGGCACUGAUGAACAGGAUGGUCAUGAUGCACGAGGCGGAAAUUCUGAAAUCGAAGUCGUGGAACUCGAUUGAUCAUGAAAGUUGAUCUGUUUGGUAUUUGUCGAGCAUGAUUAUGUUUCUGCUCGCUGGCAUCUCAUGUUAUAGUACAUAGUUUUUACAAUGAGCUGACCAAGCUCUGUGUCUCUU